CGGUGCCGGGUGCUGGUAUACAUCGUGGUAUACAGACUUGAAAGGUGCGCGCGGCGCCACUUUACAUAAAAUUUCAUUGGUGUUGGUUGUCGUCUGCUGAUAUCUCCAAAAGUCAUAAUCUUUCGUCAGUUCCAGUGUAGUUCGGUAUAAAAUUACAGUUGCUAGAAUAAUAAAGACCUACUUCUACCGGACUAAUAACCACUUUCGAAGACUUCCAACUGCCGUUUGGUAAAAAUAUCCACUGGGACGAUUUAGACGAGUUUCCACCGCAACUGAGUCAUUAAAUCACUUUCGCAAGAGUUGGGCUCCCAGACAACCAGCGGCAGCGCGUGCCGAAGAUACGGGGUUGCCGCCCGCCUAGCUUAGGCAUUCGAGUUCAGAUUUCAACUGCAAGAGGAUUCCGAUAUCUUCAUUGAUCAAUACACCCGAAAUGGAAUCUCUUCAUAUUUUUGGUCACCGAGGAAGAUUAUGAUCAUGAGGAGGUAUAGGGGAACGCCCGGGACAUUAUGACUGCAUCAUUUAGUGGAAGACUGUCGUCAUCUGUUGCCUAGCAACGCAACAUCACUUGUCGAUCACGUGAUCGGAUCGUGUAUCUUCUUGAGCAUUCACUUGAGGUUCUUAACUGAAACAGUGUUUUCACUUUCGACAAAGAAGAAAAAUAAAAAGAAAACACAACAUUCGAGGGGAAUCACUGAAUUCCCGGCAACAUAUCGAGUGUUGUCACUUUGAUCAAGCGUCCGACCAGACACAAAUGACAGGUGAUGCUGUGGAUUGUCUGCCAAACGGUUUCUGCUCCAAAUAUGGAAUUAAAUAAAAAUGAAUGAUUAAUGAGAAAGUGUUAGUGUUGUACAUCGAAAGGAACUUCUAAUCUUUGGAGCAUGAAAUAAGCUUGGGGAUAUGAUCAUACUUUAUUGACGGAUGUGUUUUUUUUGAUAGGCCUAUCUGUUUUGCAUUUACUUGAUCUUGCCAUUCUAAAGAACUGCAUCUUAAUCUGUGCUUUGUUCAAGAUUUAAUCGCAAUUAUGGCAAUGAUGAAUUAUCAGAUGGCCCCGGCCUAUCCGCACUCGAUGCAGAACUACAUGGAUUACCCCAUGACCAACCCACACAUUCACACCCCACUCAUACAUCCAAUCCAAAACCACCACUUUCACAAUCCUCCACACAUCAACAAUCAAUCCAGUAUGCAUUUUAUUCAGGAUGAAUACUAUGUUGAGGAUAGCGACGACGAAUCGAACUUCACUUCGGAAGACUACGAAGAUGACCGAAUGAGUGACGAGCUCUCCGAGAGGGAGCCGAGCGCCGUCGAUCAGUUGUUGGAUUUCGCAGAGACGGCAAGUUCGGACAUACAGAAAUUUUUCGGCAAGAAGCGGGUUUUGGAUGAACCGGAAUUGAUUGCGGAUUGCAACAAGAAGGUUCGGUUAUCAGGACGUGAAUUGUACUAUGCUGAUUUGCUAAGAGUUGCUCAACAGGGCGAUUCGGCCGACCCUUGUAAAGACACAUCCGAACCGAACCGAAUCGUUCGGUACGGAGAUGACGAAAGCAGUCCGGAUUUAACGGCAACCCUUUCUCCCAAAUCAAUCGAUAGUAAUGGUUUGGGUCCCUUGGAAGAACUGUUCAACUACGCAGAAAGGAACAUGUGUUACAAUAGCCCUAUGCUUCCAAUGUAUGGAUAUUCUGCUCAAAACAGUUCAUGGAUGCCGCCGACAGGCAACGCAAACGAUUCAACUUUGGGCGGGAAACUUUCCGUUACUCCGUGGCGAAAGCGCGCCAUGCCGAAAAGUUUCUUCACCGAGCCCGCGCCAUCGUCAGCUUCGCGUGUCGAGGUCGAUCAGCGAUUCGCAGGGUUGUGCUUACCACUGGACUCGAUGGGUGCUGGAUCGGUUGCUAGUAGCAACCACCACGAAGCUCCUGAUUUUAGUGAUUUGAUGGCGACCAUGGAGUCCGACGAUGACCACGGCUUGCCGAGGGUUACGACAGUCCAUGGCUAACAGUUUUGUACAGAAUAAUAAAACUUAAAGAGCUUCGUACAAUCAAUGUAAUCUCUUUAUGAAAUUUUCAAUAUAUUCGAGGAAAAUAUGAUAUAUCAUACCUGACAUUUCUAGCAUUAUCAGUUUCAAAAUAUCUUGUAAUCUUGGUGAUUAUAAAAGCACUGCAAUACGAAAUUGAUUAGACAAAAUAAUUUAGACAUUAAACAUUUUAGAAUGGUGGUCACUUCAUGUACCUUUACAUUUAUUAUACAGAUAUCCAUAAUCAGAAUUCUAUUAGGGUUCUCAGGGGCGGAUCUAGGAUUUUCCAAUAG